AUGAAGAUGUACCUCAUCUCCAAGGGGUUAUGGGAAGCGGUUGAAGCCACAUCUGGCGUCACCGAGGCGAAGGAGAAGCAGGCGCACGCGGCGAUUGUGCUCAACUUGAGCGAUACUCAGCUCGUGCAGGUCAUUACAACAAGUAGUGCACGCGAAGCAUGGGGAGCACUCGCGCGAGUUCAUCGGACCCAGGACAUGACAAGUCGGCUGUGGCUAAAGGAGAAGUUUGCGACAUUCAAGUUUACGGCAUCGGACGUGAGCGCCCACAUUACGGAGCUGGAGCGGCUCGUGCUGGAAAUGAAUGGAGCUUCGUGUGGACCAAGUGAAGAAGAUACGUGUGCAACGUUGCUACGAAGUCUCCCGGCGCAAUACGAGGGUCUGGUGCAGGCUUUUGCAUGA